CAUGGCGUUAAGAGUGUCGUGGGGGCAGCAUCGAUUCAUUUAAUUAUCAUAAUUAUAAAUUUCACAUUCUGCUGCAGUGCCAGUGACUGUGAAAUAAACGGCGAUAUCGUGUUACAUUUUCAACAAUUUAUUCACGUUGAUACAGUACUGAUUUUGUACUUUUUCUUCCCUAUUGAACACGUACUGUAACUCGAUUAUUAUCUUCAGGUUGUCACAAUCCAUGAAUUGGUGAAAGUUGUUUCUACUUAUGACCCAAUUCGUACCAUACAUGGCUAAGGACGUAUCAAUAUUUGACGAUAACACAUUCCGAAAAUAAUCAAACUUCUUUAUACAUAGGGCAAACUAUUCGCAUUAUUCGUUACAUACAUAAUUUUUUACAUUACGUACUGCCUAAUUUGAGCCACAAUGACCUCCGAAGCGCGUGACGUAAUCCGGGUUGGAUCGCGCAGAAGUGAGUUAGCCCUGAUUCAAACAAGAUUUGUCAUACAAUGUAUGAAAGAUCUGCACCCAAAAAAAAAUUUCGAAAUAGUAACAAUGAGUACAAAAGGCGACAAAAUCCUUGAUAAAUCGUUACCUAAAAUUGGUGAAAAAGCUCUCUUCACUGCUGAAUUGGAAAUAGCUCUAGAAAAUGGAAGAGUCGAUUUUGUCGUUCAUUCGUUGAAAGACUUGCCGACUACUUUACCUGAAGGAAUGGCUUUAGGUGCAAUACUAAAGCGGGAAGAUCCGAGAGAUGCCGUUGUCAUGUCCAAGAAAUAUCAGGGUAAAACACUCACCACACUUCCGGAAGGUAGUGUGAUUGGUACUAGUUCUUUACGUCGUUCCGCACAACUGGCUCGUAAUAUGCCACACCUGAAAGUAGAAAGUAUACGAGGGAACUUGAAUACCAGAUUGAAGAAACUGGAUGAUGAAUCCAGUCCUUUUGCUGCUAUUAUUCUUGCCACUGCAGGAAUGAAAAGAAUGGGUUGGCAGGACCGCAUAAGUCAGGUGCUAGAACCGGAAGAAGCACUGUAUGCCGUAGGUCAGGGAGCUCUAGGUGUCGAAUGCAGAGAAAACGAUUGGGAUAUUUUAGCAUUGUUGGAGCCACUACACGACAUUGAAACAACCUUGAGAUGUGUCUGUGAACGUUCAUUUUUGAGAACACUCGGUGGUGGAUGUUCAGCCCCCGUUGCCGUUUGUUCUUCGUUAGUUGGUAAAGAUUUAAGUAUCACUGGAGCAGUUUGGUCGUUGAAUGGUCAAACCGUGAUAAGCCACGUACUUAAAAACAGAAUAUAUUUACCAGAUGACGACGGUGAGCCACCCAAAAAGUGCCCAUACCGCGAGCCUCGAUUAUACUGCAGUAUAGCACCAGGAAAAGUAAGUGGAAUAAGUUUACUUGGCGCCGAACGACUAGGCCAGAAUAUUGCAGAAGAAUUAGUUAAUAAAGGCGCUUUAGCCAUAAUGUCAGAAGCCAGAAAAGAAGUUCUUAGUACUGUAUAAAAUUGUAUAAAAUUUAAUAAGUUGUUGCAUGCUGGUAGCGGAAACGGGUAGUUAGAUAUUUAGUUAUUUUGGAGAGAUUAAACGAGAAUAAAAUAUUUAUUUAUACAGUGUUAGGAUAAAAACUGAUACUAGAAGACAAAAUUAUUAUAUUUGUCAGACCUAUGCGACGCCGAUACUGCAUCUGAAAAGAAAAACAUGCCGAAAUGAAUGCUGGGAGAUAAAAAUGAUUUAAUAUUAAGAUCCUUGUCGCUUCUGGUUUCUGACUGUUGAAUAGGCUAGUACGUUAAUGGUUAAAGAAAAAUUAAUAAAUCAUAAUAAUAAUAAAACUACGAAUAGCAUAAUCGUAUGUUCGAUAUAACGUUGAUGACAAUUUCACCGAAAAUGCCUAGCCAUGAUUGAUUUCUCUUGCAGUAAAUUGUCUUACGAAUUAAGUUCAUCAAUGUAGUUGUACCUGGAUGAAGAAAUAAUUUAAAAAAAAAAUGGUUCAUCAACGCUGAUUACAACAGCCAUGAGUCAAAUUAGGAACAGUAAAGAAAAAAUAUUACUAUAAUAUCGCAACAGUAUAGUAUAUUUGAAAACGUGGAAUCAUGAUCAACAUUUAAUAUACAUUAAUCAGGAUUUAAGACUACAUACAUUAAUAUUAUUUGCAGUUCAAAUGUUAUCACGGAUAAAUUUGAAGACGAAAAAAAAAAUUGUAAAAAUAAUUAAAAAUUUUUUUUUUACAGUAUGUGAUAAUCAGUUAUCUAGAAACUACUAUUAAUUGGUGGCGAUAUUUUUGAAUGUCUUAUUAUAAUCGAUGGUGAUGUCAAUUGAUUCGUGUUAUCUAACAACUAUUGAAAAUCCGUGAUAACUCCACGGGCCUAAUCUUCUUCCAAAGUACCAGAUACUGCCAAGAAUUAAAAAUAUUCCAAAUGUUUCUUUUGUUUUUUUUUUGUUCAAAUAUUUUUUCAUCGGUUUAUUUAGGAGAUCGUGAUCGCUAUUUCAUAUAACAUUCAAGAAAGCUCAAACCGAUUACGUAUAGAUUACAAGGUUGACAUUAAAAUAAAGUACCUCUUAAAAUGUAAUUGAAUAUGAAUUCUAUAAAUUGAGUAUAUCCAGCUAUUGCUCUUUCUUUUUUUAAUUGCAGAUAAUCUACGAUAACGAUAAUUUAUUACCUAACACUAAGUGCUAAAUUCGUUAUUGGAGAAAAAUGGUUUAUGAAUUUUUUCAGAAUGAUUGCGUUGCCAAUUGUAAAAUAGUACUCAACAGUCGAUAUUUUGAUGACGAAUAAUUUUUUUUUUCCUUCAUAAUUUAUGAAAAAUAAUUGUUGUAUAUUAUAUGUAAGAUAUCGUUUUAUUUUUUUUUUUUUAUCAACUCUUUUUCUCUCGCGUUUGAACUAUAGAAUUUUUUUAGUAUAGAUAUAUAUAUAUGUAUAAAUAAUUAAUUAAUUGUAUCGACGUUUGUACAUACAUCAUAAUAUAUACAUAUAUACACGUGCAUGUAUAUAUAUAUAUUUUAAAUAAUAACGUGUAUUUCUUUAAUACACGUAAAUACAUUUAUCAUAAUUUAAAACGUGUACAGUUUGCACUAUGAAUUGAGAGGUCCGGGUUGAAAAAAAAAGAAUAAAAUACAAAGUGUAUGUAAAUUUAAUGACAAAAAAAAUGUAACAUGUGCUGAAUUGGAUGAAAAAUGCACAACCAAUUGAAAUAAAUCCGAGGUUGUUAUUGAAAAAAGAAAAAAAAAAAAAAAAAAUAAAAAUGAGUAAGAAAAAACCAUAAGCAACUCUGCGACUUUUGUUCUCAUUAUUUUUAUUAUUGUGUUUGUAAAAUUACAAAUAUAAAUCUGAGGAUAUUCGAGCCAG